GAUAUAAAUUGCUUGCACCAGCUGACAUAUUAUGUUGCACGCUUAAAUUCAGGGCAAACGAGGUCUGAGACUCUGGAAGCUUGCGGGGCUUCCGAAGCUUGUUGCCACUCCGGCCCUUCUGUAUCUUGUUAAUAUCUCACAAGCUUACUACUCGUGCUGAAAACCAAUUGAUAGCUUCAAACAGCAGGAAAGCCGAGGCCAGGCAGAAUGGCUGAGGAGACACAGCCCUAUACUAGCUACAACAAGCAGGAUGAGGUUCCAACGCUCAUUGGAAACUGGGUGGAGGAGCGUGAGCUAAAAGAACUGACAGGCGUGACGCGCAACCUGGCCGCGUCACAAGCGCUUAAAGACACGUCGGACGGGACCUCGCCCACGCGCUCCCUCGGCGACGCCCUCACCGCCACGCACCCGCGUGUGAUUGAGCACGUCCAAGCACAAACGCAUGCCGCGGACUGGCAGAGCACGGUACAGGCCACGUAUCGGCCACCCAGCGACGCAACCCGCAACGCGGCGGCUUACGUGAACACAUCCAAGAUGGGGCCGCGCGAGCGCAUGCUGCAUGAACAGCUGAUGAGGGAGGCGCAGGACCUGCCGCCGGAGCUGCAGGCAACACUGACGGGUCCGGCAGUGCCUGUCACCACCGCCUCCACCUACGGCGCGGACUUCCAUCAGCACGACCUCACAGGCAUUGUCGUGGGCGCCAAGGUGAUGAAGGACCGGGACGGGCGGCCGGCGGUGCGCGACCCCACCUUCCUGGCGGAGACGCAGAUGAUGAAGAAGGACGCUGCGGACCGGCUCAUGGGCGAGACGGCGCGGCAGUCGGGGGCGCGCGACACGACAAUGCUGCCCAACCCCGACGUCCCCGUCACCAUCUAUACGGAAGCCGUGGCCAACAAGACGUACGGCGGCGUGUUCCCCGGCACCACCACGCUCAACACUGCGGCGCCCUUCGGCAAGAGCACCAACUUCUCCAAGCCCAUGAGCGACUACAGCAAGGUGGUGGUGGACGAGUAGUUAGCCCAGCUAUCUACAUAUGCGUCCAGCUUCAUCAGUGGAUUGGUACCGUUGGUUUGGACGUAAGAGCUUGGCGGAGCUGGUUGCCGUUAGGUUGGAGCUUCGAGGUGGGAUGGAGCGGUGGGGCAGCGAGGAGGCAGACCAUGCAGGAUAGAGCGCGAUGAUAGUGAGGGGCGAUGUAGCGGUGUGAGGCGGGGGCUGGGUUGUCCGACUAUGCCAGCACACAUCACCACAGAAGGCAGCUGGUGGGAGCUGGCGUUGUGUGCGGUGGGACAGGGUGCAGGCACAAUGCGGGCGGUGGCUCGUAAGCUCGUGAUGUGGCUCUUUAGGCAGGCAGGGACACGGGAUGAGGACUACGGUAUGCACAAUCUGGUGUACAUUGGCGAAGGUGUGGCCAGGUGUGGCGGUCGUUACAUGCACGUGAGAGCAGUGAGCUCCUCCUCGGAGCUCUUCAGAGUGCGAUAGAUGCAUUCGUCCGAGGCAUGGGCCGUGGAAUGCGUGCGAUGGGACAUGGCUAGGGGCAAGUGGGUGUAGUCCCGUCACUCCCGUGGCUCGAUGGCUGAUACAGCUGGGCCCCGAGAAACAAGUGACAACCAACCCGGGCGCCAAUGCGCGGGGACUGGGGAGCCGCCACUGCAAGCAGAAAGCCGAGGGUGCACCUGGAGGCCAUGGAAGAGUGAGUGGUGUCCAGGGGAGCUGGGGAGGGCGUGCUAUCAGUAUCAGCGCCGGCCCUCCGACUUGCCGGAAUGCGGUGGAUGGCGGCAGGGCUCAGGAUUUAGGACCCUGUUGCCCUCAUCCAAAGUUCCAAACGGUUCGGCGUGGCUGCUGCCAAAGUUUGGGUGUCAGGGCCACCGCGCCCCUGCACAUACCGGUAACAUCGACACGAU